GAAUCAACAACAUAUACUUAUACCUGUUAUUUGUAGAGUACAAGUUGGAGUAGAUUCGUCGAACAGUACUUUAUGUACCAUAUAGAAGGACGCUUUUACGACCCUAUAAAGUGCAUACGUAUAUUCUUGAUCAGGAUGACUAUGCGAGUCGAAUAAAAAGCAAAAAAGUUGGGAUUAGCCAAAUUUUUUAAGUUUUCUAAAACUGAAAAUAAAGUAAUGUUCAACACAUACAGGUUAAAAAAUGCUUAAACCGAACCUCACAUUAAAAAGUUAUUAGAUCAUUAAGGAAACGACGCAGUCUCGAUAACAGCAAAUUUUUGCACGCAUGUCACCAUCUCACUCGCACUCCCUUUAGGUGGGAGACCGGCCAAAAAGCGUUCUACCAUUUCUUGUUUCUGUUUUACGGGUAUUCAUCUGCUCCUGGGUUCUCCCAAACUCAACUUACAAUACAAUUUCAUACUUGGUAUUUGGUAAAUUAAUAGGUGUUACAAACACAAAUAUGCAUCUCUGAUACUGAGUUAAAAACAUAUUAUAAAUCGCUUAUUGAUCGUUUAAUGCCGAAAUCAUUGGACUCCCAUCGCUGUCAGUUACAAAAAUGCCAUUCGGGGUACUGGUGUUUUUGAGCAGCUGCUUUGUUUGGCAAUUGACGGAAUCCCAGUUGGUUUACAAGCUGAACAAAAUCGAGUGCCAGGUCAAUCAGACGCGAGUUAGCAACGUCUCUUGCCACGUAAAGGCGGUCAAUUGGAAUAUGGCGGUGGUGAACAUGGAUUGCUUCAUGCUUUUGCCCUUACUUAAUCCAGUUAUUCGAGUGCAGGUUUUUAUGAAGGACUACAGCAACCAGUACAAGCCAUUCCUAGUAGACGUUUCCCUUAAAAUGUGCGACGUGAUUGAAAAGAGGAACUUCAUACCCUAUGGCGUCAUCAUUUGGAAGUUGUUCAAGCGUUUUACAAAUGUUAACCACUCCUGCCCUUUUUCGGGCCAGCUUACAGCCCGCGAUGGGUAUCUGGACAGCAGCCUCCUUCCGCCCUUUCCCAAAGGAUUCUACCAAUUCAGUUUGAUAGUCACGGAUUUAAAUUCUACGCAUAAGGAGUAUGUUGGGACUAUGAAAUUCUUCUUACAAGCCAUGGAACAGAUAAAAAGCAAGAAACUUCCCAGAGCAUAAAAUUAAUGGUCGGCGGUCCAAGAAGUGACAGGGUGUUAUAACAUUUUAAUUCUCAAAAAUAUUGAAUUACUAUUAGUUUGAAACCGGAUUAGUUAUUAUAAACCUUAAAGUUAUUAAAUGACAAGUUUUAUGAAAUUAAAAACAGUAUUAAACGCAAUUUUUAAAGUCUCAAAUGAGUUAAAACAAAUUUAAAAUCUGCUACGAUAGUCCACCUAAUCAGCUUUUUAAUACAAGUACACUGUACAAUCUACACUGUACAUACACAGUUUAUAUUAUAAACCUGAAUAAUUGUACAUUUUAUACAAAUUAAGUACUUUAAUUUCUACUAAUGUAUCGAAUCAUAUAUACAGCUGUGGCAAAAAUAAUAGUAUCAU